AAUAUCCCUCUGAAGUUUCUGAAACUUUCAAUUUAUAUCCUGAAUUUUCAGAACUUUGUCUUACCGAAUUCAUUUACGAGAUUUCAUAAUUGAUUAUGCAACUUUCCGAGAUAGGGUUUUACGGUUUUCUGUAAUACGCUGGCAAUGGAAAAGAACAAAUUCGAAGUCCGGCAGAUUCUUAAGAGCAAAAAAUUUUGGUUUACCUCUUUCCUCAUAGCUUGGGCUGCUGCUCUCCAGGGCCAUAUUAUGUGGCUACAGAGGCAAGAUUCCUUCAAGAAGAAGUUCGGGGACCAUAAACAGGACGCAGGUUCCGAAGAAGGGGCCGAGAAUCAAAAUUUUAGUAACUCCUAAAGACUGGCUGCUACUGUGAGUGGGAUCAUUCCGUGUUGUUUUUCUUUCUAAAUUUCCUUCAAUUAUGCCUGGACGAUUGUUCAUAUACUAAUUCAACAAAUUGAAAUUUCAAGCUAUUUUACUUAUGUUUUAGCUGUUGUUUAC